CGACGAACGAGCGUUCGCAACGAUUUUCCGAGCUCGCGGCCGGGAGGAGACCGCGACACUAGUGCGGGCGAAAAUCGUCCGCCAUACGCAAGCGCGCACCUAUAUACUUUCACACGCAAUACACUACUGCGGCAUCCCUAUAAUCGCUCAGUCGGCGCUAUUGUCGUCGUCGUUGCGGUUGUUGUAAUUUCCGUUGCAGUUAUAUUCUAAUCUAUAUAUAUAUAUAUAUAGUAAAUUACACGGCUAUAAAAUCCUGUUGAGGAUUUUGCGUCCUCUGCAGCGGUGGACCGCAGUUAGUAAGAGUGCAGCCUAGAAAUGGCACCCGUAGAUAACCUGCAGGAACUGGUGCCACUGACUAACGGUGCCGGCGGUCCAGCGAACGACGACUAUGAUGAGCCGGAAAGCCAGAAUCAAAAGAAAACGGCUGCGGCGGUGGCGGCGGCUGCAGCGACAUUAAAAUAUCCGGAUGACGGCGGAAAGGGACAUCGAAACUCUGUUUACGACAAGAAAAUGUGUACGGUUGCAAUUAUGCAUGUUGUCGGGUUCAGCACACUGUUGAGAUUCCCUUAUGUGUGCUUCAAGUAUGGCGGUGGUAAGUUGAUCAGUUUUAUCUUAAUAACGUUAACAAUAGGUACCUACCCAGUGGUGUAUCCAGGAACCUUUGGCUGCUGUAACCCCCCCUCCCCCAUUGCUUUUUUAGCUAUAUGUAAGGUUAGAAAAUUAUAGAUCCCUAAACUCCCUAGACCCCUCAGCCCCCCUAUUCCAAAUCCUGACUACAUCACUGUACCUACCUACUUGUUAUAUGAUAUCAUAAUUCAUUUGGUGUUAAACGUCAGUAGGUACAAACUGUAUGAGAUAGGCGUUAGACAAAUAUUAUGUAAAAGUUUAAUUAAGUACAAUUUAACUGGAUUUCACGAAUAUAUGUUAAAAUAUGGUAGAUAUAAUAUAGCCUGAGGUAUUUGGCACAAAUUAUUCCUGUAAACUGUAUGAAAAUUCGAGAUUUUGCUGUAUUCGUGGAAAUCUGCUUAUAUAAAAAGUGAUUAUUCCUUGAAAAACACUCUUUAUCUCAUAAAAAUGUAUUUAUUAUUUGUUUCAAAAUUUCCUUUUUUACACUUUAUGAAACAAUCAGUUCUGAAAUGUUGUAUUAAGUACAGUUAUUUCUUGUUGCUUUAACUUUUGGAAGUGAAACCACUACCUACUUUUGAUUUUAAAAUAUCAACCUAUAUUGAAAAUUCCAUAAAUAGAUGAUGUAUAUAUUUUGGUAUUGAUAUUUUUAAUUUCUAUUAAACUUUCUACAAAGCAUUCUUCUUUUAAGUUUGAUUAGGGGGAACAGUGGCACAUAAUUUGUGUGGUGGAGUAUCGUGUGGCGUUUGAAUAGUAUUAAACUACUCUCUUCUAGGUAUACCCAAACUUAAAAGUGGAACAUCUCGUUGACGGGUUAACGAAAAUUACAAUUGGUGGUGAAUAUAAUUUCACAUUACAUAUUAUGUUGCAUGCGACUUUCGAUUUUCUUGAAAUCAAAUACUUGAACGUUAAUAUUUUGAACCAGAAAUUACUUUAAAAUCGAAAUUUAAAAUAAAAGUUUGUCAACAUUUUAAACAAGCAAACUAUUGAAUGACAACAUAUUUAAAACUAAUAAUUUCCAGGAAUUAUGUGAAACAGGCGUUUCAUUAAAUGGCAAAAUCUUGAACGUCAUUUUUUCAACUUAAUUUUUUAUUCAAAAUCCUGAAUAUCAAACGAUUAAUAGUUAAAACUUUGAACGGCAAUAUCUUAAAUGAUAAUUCAGGUUUGUAGGAUAUGUAAGUAGGAUUUGUAAGAUAAGUAAGGAUUAUGUUAUAUGCGCCUUUAUUUCCAUACAACCACAAUUUCAAUAUAAUGUAUAUUGUAUAGUAAGAGUAUAUAUUAAUUUGGUUUAUACAAUUUUGAUCUUCACGAUGGUGGAUGGCUUGGGCACCAUGUAUUUUUGUUCAACCAUAAAUCUAUGCAAGAUUUAUGAUAUACGCACAAACACUUGAGUCGAGCUAUCUUCUGUCCUUGAACCAUGUUCUCCAGGCAAAUGGCACACUCAUCCUCCUUUUUUGCAUCCACCACAUUUUCGUUAUACAUUCUAGUCCGUAAUUCAAACACUCUUGAACAUUGUUCUAUAUGCCUACAUAAAUCAAUCAGUUGUUUAGAAUAGGAAAACAAAUUUUCUAUAAGACUAUUUAAAAAUAAUAAGCGAGUAGGUAUUUUGAGUAAAAUAUAUACCUCCUAUUUAAGUACCUAUACCAAACGUGUCCCUGAGGGAGGCUAUGGGGGCGAUCGCCCCCUCCCAAGAGAAGUUGACUUACAUUGGCAUUUGAUAAUCAUUGCAGGUCCAGAAGUAUAUAUAAUAGAUAUAAUCAGCAUAUUAUUUGAUACAAUUUGUUAGAUUCUGAGUGUAGUGAAGAUAUACUCAGGUUUUACAAAGAUGUUUAUUUUUAAAAAUUUUUUUCAUUCUGUGACAAAAAUGUUUCCCAGAAAUCUUACUCCGAUGUGUACGUGUGGCACCAUUUCUGUAAGGAAAUAUUAUCUAGAUGGUACUUUAUAUCUUAGGAUAUUAUUUUUUGAUUUUCCAAGCGGUUUUCAUAAUAUCUGGAAAAAUCCGAGAGAAAAACGGGAAAUUUACGAAAAUAAUGCUUAUUAUUAUUUUCAAUUGUGUUAUUUGUUGCAGUAAUUCAGUUAAAAAUAGUAAUAGAUUUGAAAUUUGGGCAGAAAAAUUGUAUUUUCUUUUUUUACGAGUACAUGGUAAAACUGUAAAAAAAUAUUUGAGCCAUAUUAAAGCUAUUCAUAGACACUUUAAUUUUGUGAGUAAUUUUUAUUUAGUAUGUACUCUGUGGAUAUAAUUGUUUGAUAAAACAGAAAUGCUUUAAAAUUAAACAGGAGGUUAAUUAUUUUAAAUAUCGUACUUUGCGGUAAAAACAAAAAAAUUUAAUUUAAUGUAGUAUAUUUUUUUCAUAAGAAUUUUAAUUUCAAAUUUCGACGAAAAUUGUUUUAUUAAAAAAUUAUGUGAAACAAAUCUAGUUACUGGUUUAUACAAAUUUUUUCAAUAUAAUAUUUAUUUUAAUUUAAUAUGACAUAAAUAUUAUUAAAAGAGCAAUACUAUUAACUGAGCUCCACUCAGAAUCGUUUUCGUUAGCAAUGAUUAAUUUUUGCUUACAGUUAUACAUUAAAUUUCCCAUCUUGCGAAGUGUGUCGUAUUUUUUCUUAUUAAUCAUUAAUAUUUAAUUUAAUCUGACCUUUAACAGGGUAUCGCAUUUUUUUUUUUUUUUUUUAAUUUUUCGAAAAUAAUAAAAUAAAAUGUUAUUGCUUUAAGUUGCUUUAUUGCUUUAACCUCAAUCUCUCCAGGAGAAGCAUAGUUUCAUUCUCUUGUCUCCGUUUUUCCACACUCUACUUCUCUCUCAAUCUUUUAAAUUCUCAUUAAACAAUUCCCUCCUCUGCUCACUCCACAACAACCCUGUAGUCUGUAACAUUUCCCAUCAAGUCUUCAACUGCUUCAGUCUAUCAUUCCAACGUUCCAUUCUUCCAAUAUCAUUUUUGACAUCAAAAAUAUUUUCUCAAACCAACAAAAAAAUAUGAUACUGAACGUAUAAUCUUUUUUUAACCAAAUAGAUUUUUUAAUAUAAUUUUAUUAUAUGUACCCAUUGCAAUAUAUUCUUCUUGAGCACACUGUACAUACCAGGUGAUUAAUUUAAGUGGGUACACUCAUUAUCUUGGAAAGUAUUAACUUUAUGCGGAAUUUGUUUAUAAUUAUUGUAAUAUGUAUAAUAUAAUUAUGUGUAUAAUCACUAUAAUAAUACAAAUAAAACCUAAGCAGUAAUGCUAUUUAAAUUAUUCUUUCUAUAGAUAGGUAUGUAGUAAUUAAUUAUAUAUAAGUACUAAGGUAUCCACCUAAAGUUAUUGGUAACUUCUUAAAUAAAUUAGUGUGGAACUUUUUGAAGUACAUUUUCAUAGUAUUAAAUAAUAUUGUAAUAGUUUUUUCGUAUACCUAUACUUAUUGUACGUUUUUUAAUGACAGGUAAAUGUACCUUACUUGUUAUAAUGAAAUUCGAAGAUUUUAUUUUGACAUAUUGGACAAUAAAUUUUUCUGCGCUUUCUUCUACCGAGUUUAAAUAAAGUUAACGACCAAUAUCUAUGUGGAUCAUUAUUAUCCCUUCGGUUCAUUUAAUUAUAAAACGGUACGUGUUAAUUUAUUUAUUUAUUUUAAAAGUGUUGAGUUACCAUGAAUAUAAUUUUUUAAAAGUUUAUGAAUAAUUUAUAUAAAAAAAUUGUGAGCUGAUACUGAGGAAGAGUACGGCCAUUGUUGUAGGUGGUUAGUGGGGGAAGUGGGAUACAUAAAGUUAUUUAAACUAUACCUGUAACCAACGAUAAACCAUUGAUAACGAAAAACAAUUCCGAAUGGAAUUCGGUCAUACAUGUUUUGAACGAUCUUAAUAUUUACGAUUUUUGUCAAAAUUUGAUUUUAAUUAUUAUAAAAAAAAAAAACUACAUUACUUAAGGAAAACAAUACAUUUUUUAAAUGCUAUAAUUGAAAAUCGAAGCAAAAUUACUGUAGAAAAGUUGUCUACAAAUAAACUACAUUACACUCAAUUUUAUUUAAUGAAAACAAAAUACAUUUGUUUUUCCCUGUUACCCACCCAUCGUCAUAUUAUAAAAAAAAAUAUUUUCGAAACUCGAGUUUGAACUUGCGAUCUCUGCAGGGAUGACAACAUGUACAUACUACCACUAGACUACGACAUAUAUACUAUAAAAUUAAUAAUAUUGAGUUAUUUAACAUAACACGUAAUAUUCGAACUUCAAAAAGGUAUAAUUACGAAACUAAGUCAAUCAACUUGAAAAAAAAAUACAUAACACACAUCAUAGUAAAAUCAUUAAAUCCCUCACUACUCUUUGAAUCUAAAAUGAUCAUAAUACAAAAUAUGUAUAUAUAUAUAUGUAAAAAAAAGGAGUUAAUAAUAUGCUCAUCGAAAACUUUAUCAACAAAAACUACAAAUUAUUUUUUAAAAAAAAGGGCUGAUACUGCAGCUGAUGGAUGUGUCACUGUUGUGGGUGAGAAGUUGGAAGGUAGGAUACAUAGCUUCAUAGUUAUUUAUUAUAUAUAUCUGUAUGCAACGAUAAAUCAUUAUAACGAAAUAUGAUUCUGCAGCGCCGGGUCUAGACACUGAAGAUUGGGGGGAUAAAUGGGUAUCCUUACUUUGGGCACCGUCGAUAUGAGGGCGCUUGACACUCUUAAGAUCAUGAGCAAUAUUUCUGGUAGAAAACAUAGUUUACAAUAGUUUAAAACAAUGAAAUUGGUAACGCCGCGUGUACUAUAAAUAUUUAUCAUUUUACCUAUAAUUUCUUUUUCGGUUUUUCCCAAUUAUUUUGAAAACCCCUUAUUGGAGUAUCAAAAAAUUACCUGUAUAAUGCAUCAACUAUAGAAAAUUUCCUUUAAGAAAAAGUGCUAUAUUCCACACAUUGGAGCAAUAUUUUUCUUCGAAAAAUUGUUUACAGACAAAAAAUAUCAUAGUAAAAUCAAUAGAUCCCUCGCUACGCUCAGAAUUUAAUAAGCACAGAUCAACCAUUCAACACUUUAAAUAAAUACAAUGUUAGAAAAAAUUCUAUUUCUAAGUGAGAUGUUAUAUAGAACUAUUGUUUUAAAUAUUUUAAUGGUAAACAGACUUGCGUUUUAGCAAGCAUUUUACUUUCGUUGUUGAUUCAUUGUAUAAGGCUCACAAAAUGUUUAACUGUCGUUGGGAGAAAAUGUUCCAUAUUCAAUGUUAAUAAUCUGUUUUAAUUUCCAGGUACAUUUUUUAUACCAUACAUAAUCGUCAUGGUGUUGGUGGGUUAUCCAUUGUUUAUUAUGGAAAUUGGAAUUGGCCAGAAAUUAAGAUAUAACAGCAUAACAAUAUGGACACAAAUAAAUCCUCAGUUGAGAGGCGUCGGUUUAAUGAUGUUUUUGAUUAGUGUUCUUAUGGCUAGCUAUUAUGGAAAUAUUUUAGCUUGGUGUGUUAAACAUAUAGCCGAUGUAACGAAGGUAAAUAUAAAUAUAUCAUGAUACACAAAUAAUGCAUGUAAAAAGGUUUAUAAGUUUUCUUAAUUUAUAAUUUGUUGUACACAAUCAAAUUACUUUUUAAUAGUUUCGUCUUUAAUAUUAUUUAACCUAAUACUGGUUUUACCUAGAAAAAAAAAUUUAAUUGUACUAUCACCACAUUUUACAUUAGUGAAUCCAACGCGAACGCUGUGCGGCGCGAAAAUAUCAAGCCGUUGUUUACGUCGGAAGUGGCCUACCUAUGUUUUCAAAUGCACACGGUGUAAAGCGUCACGUGAUCAAACUGUUUGAUAUAUUUUUCGCGCGAUCUGAACGUGAUUUGUGAUGGUUUUACAGAAUUAUCUAAAGGCGCAUCCAGAUUCACGCCGAGAAGUCCCGGAAACACCCGAGAAACGUGAAUGUGAAGAUAUAGUCUCUUGCCACCUCGUUCUCGCUCUUGUCUGUUCUCCGUUUAUUGUCGGUAUCUUUUGCCUGAGAUAAAGAGUUUCUCGGGCAAGAACAGGGAACACGAGUACAUUCACGUUUUAUCUUAAACCUGCUACAGUUUGAAUAUCGUCCAUACCGGAUAGGAACGAAUAACACGAGUAAAGUAAAGUAGUAAAGCCGAGAAUAUAUUGAGUGUAGAAUGUGGAUAUGUUGUUUGUUUUCGCUGUGAGUCUGGAGACACUAUGAGAAUCUACUGAUGAAUUGAACGAUCGGUCGCCGGAAAACCGCCGAGCCGCGCACGUAGAACAGUGUGCCAUUUUGCGUUGCGCCGCAAUAGAUCGCUCUGAUUCGCGCUUGGUUUACUGUAUAGGACGCCGCGUAUAAUAUCACAUAUAUUACUCGUAUUCAUAUUUAUCAUAAUCCAGAUGUCAUUUAUACCUCCUAGUUUAUCUGUCUACUUUCCUAUUCAAUUUGUCAUCUGUUAGUCUGCAAUAUUUUCAUAGUCUAUACUCUAUAUUCUUAUUGACCGUCUUUAAAAUUAAUCUAACAUUUUAGACUAUUAUUGUCGAUUAUAAAUUCUCUUUUUCGACCUUUAACUACUUAUUUUUUGAUCUCGUCUUAUAAGUUCUAAGGCAUGUUUAACUAAAACCAUUGGCAUUGAUUACAAUUUAUAAUGUGUACCUGAAUAGUUCUUCUUUACAAGAGACAAAAAUUCAUAUUUUUGUCAGGAAAUCCCUCAAUAUUUAUAAAAAAACAAUUAAGGUUUCAUAAUUCUCAGCAACUUGAUCCAAAAAUAAGGAAUGUCCUAGUAUACAUUAUGAAUAUGUACUGAAUACAUGGUGAUUAACAUAAUUUAACAAACUCAUUAUCUUAAGAAGUAUUAACUUUUUGCGAAAUUAACUUUUUAGUUUUUUGAACAUUCAAUAAAUUAGUAGCUUUAAAAUAUUACUUUGCACUUUUUUUCAUCAUUAUUUUAGGGGAUGAAACCAUUACCUACUUUCGAUUUUUAAAUGUCAAUCGAUAUUAAAAAUUCCAUUAUCUCUUAAUGGAAUUAAAUAGUUUAAAUCAAUUUUGGUUGGGGGAGAGUAGAGGUGCAUCAUUUGUAAAGCGGCACGGCGAGUGUCGUUAUUUAAGUGUUUCACCAUUCUCCCUAUCGAAACUUAAGCGUGGAAUAUCUUGUAAACUGAUUGAUGGAAAUUAAAAAUUUUAAAACCAAAAUUAAUUUUAACUAUUACUCAGUCUAUUAUUGGAAUUUUUAAUACAGACUGCCAUUUGAAAAUCGAAAGUAAAUAAUGGUUCACCCCCUAAAAUAAGCAUGAAAAAAAAAGUGUAAUGUAACAUUUUAGAGAUACUAAUUUCUUAAAUGUUCUAAAAAAUUGAUUCCGAAAAAAUUUAUAUUUUCCGAGGUAAUGAGUACUUUACAUUAUCUUGAUCACUUAUUUGUAUAUAAUCGAUGCUAAAACUAAUACACAUUCAAUAUAUUAAGUAUUUAUUUUAAGUUAUUACAAGACUUUUAGGUAGUUUUGAUAAUAUAUUUAAUUUAUAAUUUCUUUAUUUUAGUUUCCAGAUGUAUGGUUUCCGAAUGAUAAAACAAUUAUUGAUGAUGUGCAUCGGUCUUCAUCAUUCUGGUAUGAAAUUGUGUUAAAUUCAUCAUCAUCCCUGAAUGAUUCUUCUUAUAUGCAAAUAAAUCAAGUCGGUAUAUUGUUUUUUACUUGGUUCUCCAUUGCUUUAAUUUUGGCAUUUUUGUGGAUUAUGACUGGAAACAAAUAUAUAAAAGUAUAGUUCUUUUGAUAUUUCUAUAUAUUACAUACCUAUACUUUUAUAUUUUCGUUUUAGAUGAUCGGUAAUUAUUCAAAUUCAAUUAUUGAAAGUGUACCAUUCUUUAUUCAAAUGAUGGCAUUGGGUAUUUCACCGUUUUUGUUACUUAUUUUAACGAUUGUGAUGUCAGGAUAUGGAUAUACUAGUUUCUUAUACAUCACGUCCGUAAAGGUAAUGCAAUUUAUAACUUAUAUAUCGUAUAUGUCUUAAAAUGAUCAAGAGUAGAUAAAUACUUGAUUGUAUUUAUAGCUUAUACCUAAUAAAUAAAUCUUUGUGGGAUGCUACUAUCCAAUACUAAUCUAUAAUAUAAUUUAAAAUAUUAUUUUCUAGUUGAAAGAUUUACUGGCUCUUCCAAUUUGGAUCGAUGCAGUCAUACAAGUUUUUUUAUCGUUGAGUUUAGUUCACGGUUCGUGGACAUCGUUUGGUUCACUUUCCAGACGUAAAGCCAAUUUUCUCCUGACUGCUACUAUAGUCAUGGGUUUCAGUUUAAUUUUGGUAUUUGUGUGGUCAUGGUUUUUAGUUUGCACAAUAAUACCAAAUGUUUUACAAAAUAUAAAAUCGUGUGUUACCGGGUAUAGUGGAACUAUGUAUGAUUUAUAAAAUAUGGGAUUAAAUUGGAAACAAAACACUUGUAUUUUUAUAAUCUGUGAUAUCAUAAACAGGCUACUUAUUUUUGAUUUAAAAACAAAUUUUAAAUCAAAGCGUUUAGGUAAAAUUUGUUUACACAAAUAGCAGAUAAAUGUUUGUAGGUAAUUUUGUUUCUAGCAAAUAUUAAUAUUGCCUAAAAAUAGUUUGUAUUCUAUGUCAAAAUUAAUUUGCCCCUUAUUUAUUUCUCUAACUUUUAAAACCUUUCAACUAAAGGUUAGUUUACAGAAUAAAAUAUUCCAUUAUAAUAAUAAUUAUUAAGACUGUGUUAAAUUAAAAUUAUUUAGUUAAUUCUCACAUAAUCAUACAAAACUAAUAAUCUAGUAGGUACUAACAAAUAUAUAUAACAUUUGAACUUAAUAGAUAUUUAUAAACAAAACAAUAAUAUUCAUUAGAUUACAUCAAUAUGGAAACAUAAUUUAAUGAGCACAUAUAAUUAAAAAUGCAAUAUGGAUACACACAUAUUGUAUGGAUUAAAUUGGAUGGGCAAAUAUUAAUAAAAAAAAAAAAAUUUUAAUUAAAUGUAAUAAAUGUUUAAAAUAUGGAAUGCUGUUAUUAAAAAAAUCUAUAUUAACAAAAUGUCCAUGAAACAUUAAAACAUUUUCAGAUGAAUGUAACAUAUACUCAGACAAUAUAUAUUUCUUCAUAAAAUAAACUCAUUGAACUUGUCUAGAAUUUAUUUUAAAAUUAUCAUAGCUAAAUAAAUAUUCAACAAUAUUAUUUGGUAAUUUGAAUAAGAAUAUUAAAAUUAUUUGUUCUAUUCUUUUUUCUUUUAAUUACCUAAUCAUAUUAAAAAACUUAAAAUUACUUCAUAGAAUGUCUCAUUCUUUUUAUACGGUAGCUAUAAAGCAUAUAAGAAAAUUAUUUUGUAUUGGUUCUAUUAAAGGUCUUUCUUUUAUUGAUUUCUCAUAAUAUAACCCAAUGCAUAUUUUAAAGAAGUAAAUACUAAAGAAAAUAUAUUCUAUAUAAAGCUUUUUUUGUUAGAUUAUUCUAGCCUACAAUUAACACUUGACUUUUACAUUGUUUUGAAUUUCAAUUCUUAUCCAAUUUAAUUUUUACUUAUCAACUGUAUGUUACAUUUUUUAAUCUUGUAUGCAUUAUUUUUAGAUCUAAUUCUAAUUGGAAUGGUUUUAAAGACAUACCUCAACAUGCAUUUUCUAGUAAUAGCUAUGAUUCUUUAAUUGCUAGUCGACAAUUGGAUAAUGCUUUGAUGAAUUUGAAUAUACAAGAAUGUAACAUGGACAAUCAGUUCAAAUUUGUAAUUAUAUAAUUAUUUAUUACCUAUUUAUAACUGACAGCAACUUAUACUUUUAACAAUUUGUUGUCUUAUAAAAUAAUGCAAAAAUAUAUAAUAAUUAAAAUCUAAAAAAAAUAUAUACGUUUAUAAAUAUAAUUACGUUUUAAUACAAAUAUUUUUAGGCAAGCAAUGGUUUUGGUUUGCUAUUUAUAGCACUCAAAGAAUUUACAAUAACUUAUUCAAUUGGAAACAAUGAUAAUGAUCAACUGAAAUAUAUCUUAAACAUUCCUCAGUCUAUUAUCCUUGCCAUUUGUAUGUCAUGGUUAAUACAUUUAAUAAGUUGGUUUGUCUGGACACUUGCUGGUACUGAAUGUUUAAAAAAUGUUUCUAAAUAUACCAUUUCAGGUAUGUUAAAUUAUGUCUCACAUAAGCGUUAUAUAGUUUAACCAUCUCAAAACCGAGUACAAUUUUUGUUUUAAAAUAUUAAAUAUAUUUUUUAUAUUGUAUUUUAUAAUUUGAUUUAUUAUUAUUAUUUUUUAAAUAUAUCUAUGUAUAUUAAGACUAUGAUUAAAAUAUAACUUGUAUUUGGGUAUUCUGAACAUAUGAGUGAUGCUUAAAAUUUAAACUAUAAAAAUAUUGUUGAAGAACCUGGUCAAUUUGUUCUACAUGCUGUUUAAGAGCCACAUAAAAUUUUAAUUCUACCAGCUAAUAACAAUAUAUUUUCAGUUCUUGCAGGUACCUCUCCUUAAAAAUACAAACUGAAAAUAAAAAAUAAAUUUGUCAUAGUAUUCUCUCAGUAGGUACAAUUUAAUUACAGUGUGACCUAAUAAAUUAAAUAAAACAAUUUUCUCCUGAUUAAGCAUCAACCUUAACCUUAUGUAUGUCAGAAUCAAAUCAAAAAUUAAAAAUAUAAUAAUCUGACCUUGACGUGUAGACCUAUCUGUUUUUCUAUAAUAUGUUAUAUAUUUUAAAUAUAUGUAUGUCAUUUCGGUCGUACAUCACAGACAUAGAUGCAUUCUUUAAUUAUAUUAAAUUACAAUAUUCAUACUACUUGUAUAAUAUAAUCAGAGCUCAGAUUUUAUAGCACUGAAAAUAACUUAAAUAUGUCCUAAAAAUUUUAAAGUAAGCUAAAGUAUGCCAUAAUACAUGAAAAAUGGUUAAAAAGAAAAUGUUUUUUUUUUUUUAAAAAAUAAAAAUACAACCAAAAGUCAUAAAUGUAAACUGUUUGAUACAUCAAUAGACAAGGCUACUUAAAAAUAAUAAAUUAUAUGAUAUAAUAAUGUAGGUAUUUUUCUUAUGGAUUUGCAUAACUGAAAUAUUUAUUUUGCUUUCUAUGAAAAAUAAAAAAUAAAUAUUAUGCAUAUUACCAAAAAAUAACAAUAUAAAAUUUCAUAUUUGGAGUUCCUGGCAUAUGAAACAAAUGUAAAGCUCACUCUCCAAUUUGUAUCUGUAUCCUAUUAGCAAUGUUAUAAAAUCGGAGCUUUGAUCACAACAUAAUAUUAUUUAUAUUCCAUUAUAAUUAGUAAGGUACAUUUUUACAAUUAUUAAAUUAAAAUUUUAAUUAAUCUCAUAUCUAAUAGUAUCCUAAUGAUCUAAAUAUUUAGUAGGUACACCUAUAGACAUUUAAAAAAUAUACAUUAAUUUUAAACAUUUUAUACAGGUAUGCUUUGUGCAAUUUGCUUUGCUUUUGGGUUACCAUUUACUACUAGAGCUGGUAUAUUUUGGAUGUAUUUAUACAGUGAUGUUCUAAUCAAUUCAUGUCUUACGGUGUUAGCUCUUUGUGAAAUACUUGUUGUUAUUUUCAUAUAUGGUUAUAAACAGUAUGUAUAAUAAAAUAAAUGCCUAAUUUUAUUAUAGUUAUCAUGAUAUACUACAUUAGAAAAUAUUUUUUGUUAUAAGAUUCUUACUUGAUACAUAUGAUAUGACUGGAUAUACUUUCGGCUAUAUUUCUGCAUUCAUUUGGAAACAUAUCACUCCAGUGCUACUAAUCUUAGCAUUUUCAUCUAUUUUGACUAUUGGUAUUUUGGAUAAAUUAACAUACACAGUUUGGUGCAAAAGAGCUGUAAGUAUUUAAAAUAUUUUGUAUUAUAGGUACCUAACAAUUUUUUUUAGUCGAUUAUUACAUAUAUUUUGAUUCAGAUAUUAACAACCACACAUUAAAAUAAUAAAAUAUUCUUUAUAUGUAAUAAUAAAUAUUAUUAAGAUAUCCAGAUACUUAUUAAAUUGAUUUAGAACAAUUUUCUAAAACUAACAAAAAAUAAUACCUAUUUAACUAGUGUACCUAUUCAAAAUGUUGUAUUUUCAUCUUCUUUUUCACCUUCAUUCUAACUAUUUGGGGUUGACCACCCUAUUAUAUCUUCAGUUGUAUACACCAUACAUAAUGAAAAUCUCUGGACUGUUUUUUUCUAACCUUGGCCAGUCAAUCAAUAAACUUCUUGUUCACCUUCCUUUGUUCCUAGUUUCUCAUACAACUCAUCACAUUUCUUUAACUUUGGCUUUGCUUACCACCUUCUUAGCUUCCUUGCACAAUAUUUUGUGCUCUACCUAAUUAUCUCUCUUCUUAUUCUGCUUUAAUAGUUUAAAUUGUUUUUUUUUUUACUAGCUAUAACUCUGAACUUUGAUAUCCUGCCACCAAUUUUCUUCGUUUUCUAGCACACUACCCCUACUCUCACCAAUGAAUGCCUUUGCAGUUCUUUUAACACAAAUGGCCAUCCCACACCUUGAUUAUAUUUCUCUCAAAUUCCAUAUGACUAUUUUUUUGUUUUACUUUGCUUUUACAAUUUUUCUUGCCUCUCAUUAAUUUCCAUAACCGUAUCCUCGACUUCUUUUUCCUUUGUUAUUUUUAUUUUUGCACUCUCAUAUCCAUACACCGUUGAUACUACAGUACCAGGUGUACCGGUAUGAAAUGGGCGUUUUCUUCUGAAAAUGAAACACUAAUUUUGAAUGGGAGAGUAAAAAAGAAUUAUUCGAAGUAUUGACCAUUGCUUUCUACACAUUUUGACCACCUUUUUGGCAAUUUGUGGAUACCACGCCAAUACCAGGGAUAAAGUCUGGUGAAUACGGCGGGUGGGAUAGCAGCUCUUAGCCAAGUGCUUUGAUUGUUUUCUAAACCGGUUUUGCUUUGUGUGCAGGUGCAUUGUCGUGUAACAAAAUUACUUUGCCGUAUCUUCUGGUCCAUUCUGGUCGUUUUUCGAUCAAUGCAUGGUUCAAGUUGAUCAUUUGUUGUCUGUAUCGAUGAGCAUUAACAGUUUCACCAGGUUUUAGAAGAUCAUGAUACACCGCACCUUUCUGAUCCCACCAAAUACAGAGCAUUGCCGAAUCGAUCUAGUUUUGCAGUUGUUGUUGAUGGUUGUUCCGGAUUAAUCCAUGAUUUUCUCCGUUUAGGAUUCUUAAAAUUAAUCCAUUUUUUAUCGCCAGUGACAAUUUGAUGCAAAACUGAUUUUUUUUUUCGGUGUCUUUGAAGCAAAAUUUUACAAGUGUUUUUUUCGGUUUUCCAUUUAAUUCAUGUGACACCCAUUUUCCACACUUUUGGAUCUUUCUCAUAGCUUUCAAACGGUCAGAAAUUGUUUGUUGUGCAACAUUUAAAAUUUCUGCCAUUUGCUUUUGACUCACAGUAUCAUCUUCAUCCAAUAUUGCUUGCAGUUCGGCGUCUUCAAACUUUUUUGGUGGUCUUCCACGUUCAUCAUUUCUCACAUCAAAAUCAUUAUCUCUGAACCGUUGAAACCAUCUUUUGCAUGUCGCUUCUGAUAGAGCAUGAUCACCAUAUGCCUCGACAAGCAUUUGAUGCGACUCUGCAGCACUUUUCUUCAAAUGGAAAUAAAAAAAUAAUGCUUUCCGCAAAUCAUCACUUUCCGGUACAAAAUUUGACAUUUUCAACACAAUGACAAAAUAUAAUGUUAUUUGUUCAAUGACUGGAAGGUUAUUGAAUAUGUAUAGACCCAUUCACAACAAAUAAUCCCUACCGACACAAUUGUAUCCUUACGCUCACUUUAUACCGGUACACCUGGUAGUUGAGUAGGCCAGCACACAUAAUUGGUGGAACCGCUACCAAACUUGCACUCCAGCUGAUAUCAUACAUAGCUUUAAAAUUCAAUAUAAUUUUAAAUGUUUUUACAAUUUAAAAAUUUUUAUUUGUAGAAUCACCUUAUUACAACAGGAUAUUCAUCUUGGGCUCAGCUUUUGAUUUGGUCAAUUACAGCCCUAUGUCUUUUGUUAAUAUUGACAUUCUGUUUUGUGGAUUACCAAAAUUGUUUGAAUUUCAAAUGCAUAAAAUCUUUGAAUAAGGAUAAGAAAACAAAAGAAGGACAUAUUAAGCGAUCAAACAAUGACACAUCUAAAAAGAAUAUUAUUACAGAUAUUGAUGUAAGUAUAUUAGAUGUAUUUUAUAAAAUUGUAAUACAAAAUAUUUAUAUAAUUAAUGUACAUUACAUACAAAUUUUUGUAGAUAUAUUAUAUGAAGUAUAAUAUUUAAAGUAUAUAUUUUAGAUUUUGAGUUUAAGAGAUUUUGAAGUUAUUAGUUUUACUAAAUUAUGGAGUUUUUCUCAAAGAAUACUUUUUCAGUUAGUAAAAAUGAUGAGAUAAGAUUUUUUGAUAGCAAGAUAUGGAUUUUUUAACUUACGGUACUUUAAUUGAGUAUAUGUACUUAAUUUGUUUGAAAAUCCCAAUUUCGCUCAAUUAUUUUAUAUAAUACCUAUCUCAAAACAUGGCUAAUUUAUCCCGGUAGUGCUUUAUUUGAAAAUGUUAUCAACAUUUUCAGCAGAUCAUCCCCUAGAUCUAUUUUUAUUUUUAUUGAUUUUUUAGCUACUUUCAGUUACUUCACCCUGUAUAUGUAUGUAUUAAAUUUAUUUUAUUAUUAUUGUUUUUUUGUUUACUAAAUAUAUUUACAUCUCGUUUAAUUACUAGAUGUUAGGAAAUUAAUAUACCUAUCUAUAAAAUUAUUAUUUACUUUUUCCAGUUUGACGACUUCCCAGAGUCAGAAAAUGAUGAGGAAAUAGAUACUUCAAUGACUCAAGCUCCAGUAUGUAUGUAUAAAAUUGAAGUUCUCGACUCAUGGAAAUCAGCUCGGGGUCAAGUUUAUCUUUAAUAUGUGUAUUUACAACAACUUUCAAACUUACUUUAACAUAUAAUACAUAUACUGUAUAGUGAUAGUGACCAAGUAUACCAUGAUAUAUUGAUGUUAUUUUAAGUAGGUCUAAAUAUAAAUUUAAUUUAUAGUAAUUUACUUUAAAAUUUUAAAUAUAUUAUACUGUAGUACCUAUAUAAUUUAGUGAUUUCAAAUAAAUACCCAUUAUUAUUUGUUUUUCAAAAGUCAUUCCUAAGAAAUUCAAGUACAGUCCAUUAAAUUAUUCAACAAAAAACCUAUGAUAAAAUUAUGUUCCAAUAAUUUUUUAAAUAGUCAAAUCACACCAAAUCAUUAAAGUUCAAUGAAGUAGUAUUUAGUACAAUACAAAUAUUUGUGACUAUAACUUAAUGUUUGUAGGUGAAUUUCAUAAAAAUCUAUUUAUAUAGGUAGUUUAAUAUAUAAGUUAUAAAUAAUACAAUGUUUCGAUAACUGAAACACUAACUACAUAUUCACUAAGAUAGACAAUAAUUUUAACUAAUAAUAUCCUAAAUGUCUCAUAUAAAUCUAUGUAAAAUAUACCUGUAUUGUUACCUACUCUAUAAAUACAAAUACAGAUUAACAUAAAAAAAACAUAACAUAUAGAUUGAUUAUAUAAUUGAAUCUUAACAUGAUAAUAUAAUAUUACAUUGCUAAACUUUUAACUUAUCACAGUCAUUCAAUUUUGUUAUUAAAAUAAGUAUAGUAGAUAAUAUUAUUAUAUCUAUAUUAAUAACAAACUGUGCUCAACAAAUUAGAUUUUCAAAUAUCAUUGACUUGUAAGUCUGAAUUAAUUUGGGUAAUUCUAAUUAAUUGUGAAGCAUAAUAGUAACAGAAUUAUUUAAAUAGGGAGAUAAUUAUUACCCAAUUUAAUUUAUUCCUAGCUCAAGUGUACAAUUAAUGCAAAUAAUAUGUUUAUUUAUUUUUACUUGUAUGCAAUUAAACAUGAAAUAACAUUAUCUAAAACUUACUAUACCUAACUAUAGGUAACUUACAUUUUUUUUUUGAAUACCAAACACAUAUCACAUAUUUAAAGUUUAAAUACCUAGUUAUAUAAUAGAUAUUACACUAUAUGAGAAAUUUAAACAUUGAUCCUUUUGGAAUAUUAAUAUGUAUUUACUUAAUAAAAUAUACACUGUGCAUUUGCCAAUAGUAAAAUAAUAAAAUUGUUUAUGUUCAAUAUCCAUGUUAUUAUAUACAUUUUUCUUUUAAGAAAUAAUGUAAUUAUUUUAAAUUUAUUAUAAUAUUAAUAUGAAAACCUUCUAAAUAUUAUAUAAAUAUAUGAGCU